AUAAAAGCCUGCUAAUAGCCCAUUAAUAACGUAAUGAGAUGUAGCCCAAAAAGGCCCAAAUACACCUCGUCGUUUAGGGUUUCAUCUCUCCGAGUUUAUAUAUAAACUAAACCAUCAUCUAACGCAGAAUCUCUUCUCGUUGGCCGUCAUGGUGAAGUACUCGCAAGAACCCGACAAUUCCACCAAAUCUUGCAAGGCGAGAGGAGCAGAUCUCAGGGUCCACUUCAAGAACACUAGGGAAACAGCGCAUGCCAUCAGAAAGCUACCCUUGAUCAAGGCGAAAAGGUACUUGGAAGAUGUGAUAGCUCACAAGCAAGCUAUCCCCUUCACACGUUUCUGUCGUGGUGUUGGACGUACUGCUCAGGCAAAGAACAGGCAUUCAAACGGUCAAGGUCGUUGGCCUGCCAAGUCUGCUCAGUUCGUUCUCGAUCUUCUCAAGAAUGCUGAGAGCAAUGCUGAGGUCAAAGGGUUGGAUGUUGAUGCCCUUUUCAUUUCGCACAUCCAAGUGAACCAAGCAGCAAAGCAGAGGCGGAGGACAUACCGUGCUCAUGGAAGAAUUAAUCCUUACAUGUCAAACCCAUGCCACAUUGAGUUGAUAUUGUCAGAGAAGGAAGAGCCUGUGAAGAAAGAGCCGGAGACUAAGUUGGCCGCCAAGUCCAAAAACGGAGCCUCGUCUUGAGCCUAGGGACUGUAGUUAUCGUGUGGUCACAUUGUGUGAUAUAUUUUGUUCACUUUUAUUACUGCAAGACAACGCAGCCGAUUAAAAAACUUAAGAAUAUGAUUAUUGAAUUUUGGAUAACA